AUGAAUUUCACUAGUUACCUCCUUGGUCUGAUUUUCCUUUUAACGGUCUACUUAGACUUGAGCAACUCCUUUGUGGCCUUCACAGCUUCCAGUACCCAUGGUAUAUUUGCCGCUAUUGCUGUGCCUCUCGAGUUGCCCCAUCGAAAUGUGUUUGUCUCCUACAAUUUUGAGGCCAACUACAAUUUACCCACAAACUGGGAGAAAUGGACAAUAUUUCAAAAUGGUCCCAUAGAGUCGGAGGAAGUGGUGGCAGAUACGGAUACGGAGACGGAGGCAGAGUCUUCUCGAAAGUUGCCUGCUGACUGUAAAAAUUGCACAGUGGAGGAAAAUGAAGCUGGUGGGGAGGAAGUGGAUGAAACCACUGAAGUAGUCUCCAAGGAACGUAAAGUCAGAUCCCUGCUAACACGCUCCAAUAUCUAUCGCAUAUUUAUAGACAAACUUAAAAGGAGUGGCUUCCAAGGUGAAUCUUGUUUGCUUCGCCUGAUUUGUGAGACAAGUGCUGCUCAACUAGAUGAAUUCAAUGGCGUUCUGGGCAGUCUAGUGCAUGUUUUAUUCAGUCCCAGCACAUCAGAGUCUGAGGAUCUGCCCCUUCGUUAUUACCAAGCGGAACACGAUGGUUGGAAUGACCAUUGCCAUUUUUAUGAACCCGGCUGUGGCGAAAGUAUUCUAGAUCUAAUAUCAGAACCUUUUGAAGAGAUUCUAAAACACAUUGAACACAAUAAAAUAUAA